GCCCUGUCCCGCCCCUCCCGGCGGCGGGCGCAGGCGCGGAGCGGGCCAGCGGCGUCGUGUUCUCGCGAGGCGGGGCGCGGGGCGUCGUGCUGCCGUCGGGGCCGGCCGCGGAGGCCCGGGCCGGGCUGAGAAACUUGAUCUAAAAAGACGAGGUGUGUGGAAGCCAUGGGUUUGUCUGCAUCCUCCCCGGCUGCUGCAGGUCAGUCGCCGAAUGCAUCCAAGCAACAUCAGAUGGCAGCUCCGCCUCCAGAAUGUCCUGUGCAUCAGGAAAAAAUGAGCGGUUGUCCAAUGCACAAGAAGGCUCCUGAUCAUAGAACUGAGAACACAGAUGACGUUCCUGCGCAUCAAGAAAGAGCGUAUGAAUUUGUAGCGUGUCCGGUGAAGUCUGGUGCAUCUCAAAUGACAGAUGACAUAGAUCCUAGCAAUAUGAUGCCUCCUCCUAAUCAGCAGCCAUCCCCAGGUCAACCAUUUCCGUUGUCAACUGUUAGAGAAGAAUCUUCCAUUCCUAGAGCACAUUCUGACAAGAAAUGGGUCUACCCUUCAGAGCAAAUGUUCUGGAAUGCGAUGCUAAGGAAAGGGUGGAGGUGGAAAGAUGAUGACAUAACAAGUGAAGACAUGACCAACAUCAUUAAGAUUCACAACCAAAAUAAUGAGCAAGCUUGGAAGGAGAUUUUGAAGUGGGAAGCUCUUCAUGCUGCGGAAUGUCCAUGUGGACCAUCACUGAUGCGGUUUGGAGGCAAAGCAAAGGAGUAUUCACCAAGAGCCAGAAUACGUUCGUGGAUGGGAUAUGAACUUCCCUUUGACAGACACGAUUGGAUUGUUGACCGAUGUGGAAAAGAAGUGCGAUAUGUUAUUGAUUACUAUGAUGGUGGAGCAGUAGAUAAGAACUACCAGUUCACUAUCCUGGAUGUUCGCCCCGCGUUUGACUCUCUCUCGGCUGUGUGGGACAGAAUGAAGGUAGCUUGGUGGCGGUGGACUUCAUAACUACUCCUGUGGUGUGUAAUUGAAAAUUAAACCACUUCCCUCCUAGGCUAAGGAUAAGUGAAUACUAGGACUUGAAAGCGAAGUUCACUGCAACUGUCAUAUUUUUAUCAUCACUACUGUUCUUUGGGGUUGGGAAGGGAGGAUGGGGAAAUCCAUUGUUAAGUACACCAAUGCUUUAUGGUGUUUUGAAUGAAAUAAUAAAGUUACAGUAGCAAAAACAUGUAUCUUAAUUUUCUUAAGAGCUGGGAAAUCUUUUCUUGUUUUGUCACAGAUUCUGCGUAAGCUUGCCUUCUUUUCAUUUCAUGACUCCAGUGCUGCACCAAAUACUUUGGGUUUCUGAUUCUGACUGGAGUUUUGAGUAUUACUUAAAUAGGGAAAAACUGGAAAUUUCAUAAACAAUUUCACAUAGUUACAGUGUUUGGAUAUUUAGAUGAUGAAUAAAGGGUAAAAGAUAUGGACUGUUUCAAAUUGCAUGUUUUAUUAACUAUAUAAAACCAUGCAUUUGUUUUCACAUAGGCACUUUACCUGUUCAAAUACGUGCUUCCUCAGAAAAUUUUACUCAAAUUUAUUCUGUUAAAGGAAGUAUAGUGUAGUAUGAGUAUUUUUAAAGGUAUGUGAAGUUGAAAGGAGAAUAUACUCAUGCCUUAACCUGCAAUUUAUCUUUGAGCAGAACAUCUGUUAGAAGCAGGAAAUGAGUGUCAGUUACUCUUAAAACAACAUUUCUAAAAGGAGAUAAAAUUGAUAUGUAAUGGCUAUUUAUUUGAGUAUUUAAAAGAUUUGUUUUCUGACAUAAGAAAACUAUUCUUUUAGUAUUUUCCUGUCUUUAAUGUGUGUCUCAAUGCAUUCAGGACAGAAUUGAGCCUUAUUAUAAAGAAACUGUUGUGCAGUGCAUCUGUAUUUUGCAUCUUGGCUUUAUCAACUGUACUGUAGUGGUCUUUCUUUUAGUUAUUUUGUAUCAUACAGAAUCGCACAAGGGUGUAUGACUACACAGUCAUGCAUGUGUCUGCAUAGUGAUUAUAGUGAGGUAUAUUACAGAUAUGUAUAUAACUUGGCUAAAAUGGUAUCAAAGGUGCCAAGAAAUAAGGUUGAUUUUUUCUAAGAGUGAUGCAUGUUAAUGCUGUGUAGCUUAAAGAUUUGAUUAAUGUUUGUGCUUACUAAGGGAAGCUAACUUUUUUUAAAGUAUAAAUAAUAAAUGGAAUAGCUUUAAAUUGGCAUGGCUUGGUAAAUUUCAGGUACCACAUACCCUGGAAUUUAAAUUAUUCCUCCCUUUCAGCAUAUAUUGCUCUUGAGAAUGAGUCCAUGCAAAAUGCUUGGAAUGGCAGGAAUAAGAGAGUAUCACAUUGUAGGUUCUCAAAUGGGAGAAGGUUCCUUCACGAAACUUCACAACCUUAACUGGGAACCAGCUGUACAUUUAUUUCAUUUAUUUACAUUUAUUUAUUUAUUUUCUGAAAGCGGUUAUUUUUAACUGACAUGGGAAGCUUUUUUUUUUUUUUUUUUACCUGAGGGGAAAGCUCCUCAAUGUUUCCGUGAAGUAACUUCCCAUUUAGGAAAAAAAUACUCAGGGAAGCUUCCAUACUUUAAGGUACUAAAGGAGAGGAAUGGUUCCUACUUCAGAGGGAACUGUCCUGCAUGGUAGGAAUAAAUAUUACCCAGAAGUCCAGAAUCCUAAGAGAAAACCACACUCCUACCCCUAUCCACUUUCCUCAUUCCUUUUUCACCUUUUUAGUGAUUCAUAUAUAUAAAUGAAAAAUAGUUUGAGGGGGGGGGAAAAAAUCUAUCUGAGCAGGCAAUGUAUAUAUGAGAUCUAAGAGAAGUGUGUGAGCUUGUAUGAAGCUUAUCUGAUAAUGAAAGGGCUGCUCCUCUCUGGUCUAAUGGUAAAGACUGAGGCUUACUGCUUUUUAGUGUGGGGGUUUUUUUUGUUUGAUUGUUUUUUGUAUACAUUUGGUAAGUUGAUAUACACAGCAUUCUCUAUUUCUCACAACUAAAUGUGGAAAAGGUACAGCAACAUAGAGCGUGCUUCAGAAGCUUCAAAAGAAUGAGUUUGCUUUGUUGAUUUUGGAAGCGUGAUGUUGAGCGCAUUAUGGAAGUUGUAAUUGCUGCUAAAUCUGGUGAAAGGUGUCACAUGCCACUUCAUGCAUUUGUCUUCUCUUAUGUUCCAUCUCACAUAGAUUCAGAAUUGUUCUUUUCUGUGCUGUUGUUAAUGAAAUGUACUACUUUGUCAUCAAACAAAAAGGAGAAUCAAAUAAAUAUACUUUUCUUAA